AUGAAGGGGGUUAUUCUGGAUUAUUAUGAUGGUAUUUUUUGUACCGGUAGCACUGAUGAGGGGGUUGAGUUAUUUGAUAAUAUUACUCCUCCUAUAACCCAUGCAAACAAUGAGGCUCUUAUGCGCCCCUUUGAAUUGGAUGAGGUUAAGUCAGCUUUAUUUUCUAUGCUCCCUGACAAAUCCCCUGGGUCAGAUGGUUUGAAUGAUACAAAUGUAGUUUUAAUCCCGAAGAAGAAGACCCCUGAGUUUGUAACUGAUCUUAGGCCUAUAGCUUUAUGCAAUGUGGUUUAUAAGAUUAUGACCAAUAUGAUUGCUAAUAGAAUGAAGCCCGUAUUGGAAAUUAUUAUAUUUGACUCAUGGAGCGCUUUCAUUCCUGAUACACUUAUCAUGGAUAACAUUUUAGUUGCUACAAAGGCUAAUUUCCAGGAAGCUACAGAGGUCAAGCGUUGUUUAUCAGUGUAUGAGAGCCUGUCUGGCCAAGGGGUCAAUUAUCACAAAUCUAGUAUUUGUUUCAGCAAGAAUACUAGGGAGGAUAACAGGGAGGAGGUGGCGCAAGUGUUGGGGGUGGUGCAGGCAUCUAAUUUUGGUAAGUUUUUAGGCCUCCCUUCCUUUCUGGCGAGGAAUAAGAAGGCUGCUUUUGAUUAUAUUGAAGAUAAGAUAAGACAAAGGAUUGGUUCCUGGAAUAAGAAACUCUUAUCCGAGGCUGGUAGGGAAAUCUUGUUGAAAAGUAUAGUACAAUCUAUGCCUACCUUCUCGAUGAGUGUUUUCUUACUCCCUAUUUCUGCUUGGGAUAGGUUAUGUGUGCCAAAAAAGUUUGGGGGAUUGGGUUUUAAGGAACUACGAGCUUUUAACCUUGCAAUGCUGGGGAAACCGGCUUGGCGCUUUCUUACUAAACCAGAAUCUUUGGUGGCAUGUGUUUAUAAAGCCAAGUACUAUCCCAAGGAUUCAUUUUUUGAUGCAUGUUUAGGGAAUAAUCCCAGCUUUUAUUGGCACAGUAUUAUGGCAGCUCAGGGCUUAAUUUGCAGUGGAGUUAGGCGCGGGAUUGAGAAUGGGGGUGCUACGUUUAUAUGGGGACAUCCCUGGAUUCAGGAUGAGCAGGAAUCGUUGGUUCAGACGGAGAUGCCACCACAGUUGGCUGGCUCUCGUGUGGGUGAUCCCAAAGGUUGUUAUUCUGUGAAGAGUGGCUAUAGGUCCAUUGUUGGAAAUUUUCCUGGCAAUAUUGGGUCAUUUGAUGAGUGGAAUAAGUUGUGGUGCCUAAAAAUCCCCCCAAUAUGGAAAACCUUUCUAUGGAGAGCUUUGAGUGAUAUUCUCCAUACCACCAAGAAUUUGCUUUUAAAGAGGGUGGAUGUUGAUCCUUUUUGUGCCAUGUGUGAGGUUUUGAAUAUUCUAGACUCUAAUCAAAUGAUUUACACAGCUGUAAUUUUGUACAACAUUUGGAGAGCUCGGAACGGGGCGGUGUGGGAGCAUUUUCUGCCAACACUGAGGAGGGUGUUUGCUUCGUCCGCCGCCGCCGCCGUCCACGCUUGGUGUAGUGCCCAGCCGAAUGCCAGCCGACAGCCUUCCACGAUUCAGACCGCGCCACCACCCGCUGCUGCCCCGAUGUGGAAUUGCUGGUUCGACGCCGGAUAUUAG